UUUUAAUUAAAACUAUAUCUUAAAAAAAGUAUUGGAUUAAAGUAAGAGCAAAAAUUUGAAAAUAACUAGCAUCCAACAAACAAGCUAUUAAUCAAUCAAAAAGCUAUCCUCAAACAUAUUAUAAGCAACUAAAAUAUUAUGAGUGACCCUAUUCUAGCAUAAUUUAAAGAGGCGCUUAGGAUAUCUCUACUAUAUUUUAUUCAUUUUGCAGUUUUCAUCCAGUGUUUCCUCAUGUCCACUCUUCUUUAUAUCUUAAGAAUAAUUCUACACCUUUUCACAGCAAUCCCUCAAUUAAAACACUUGAGAAAAUCUUUGAUGAGAUUUUUACCUUAAAUCAAUCCUGAUGUUUAUGCUAAAGCAGAGGAUUUAAUUAUGAGUCACAUUGAAUACAACAUUGAAACUCAUAAAAUUCUCACUGAAGAUGGUUACUAUUUAACAGCCUGGCGUAUUCUUUCUUCAGAUAAGAAGAAAUCUUAAGAAGCUCGCAGCAAAGCUCCCGUCAUUUUGAUGCAUGGACUUUUAGAUUGCAGUUUUUCUUGGUUUGUUAAUAAAGAAAGAUAGAUGUGCUUGCCUUAUAUUUUGGCAGACUAGGGCUAUGACGUUUGGUGCAUGAAUAACCGCGGUAAUAGAUACUCCUUAGGUCAUAAGUACUUCAAACAUAUUAAAUCAAAUCCUCAUUAUUGGAACUAUGGCUUUGAUGAGCUAGCAAAAUAUGACGUUAAAGCUAAUGUCUAAUAUGUUUUAGACACUACAAGCCACUCAAAAGUGUUUUAUGUAGGCCACUCUUAAGGCUCUACUUAAAUGUUUGCAAAAUUAAUGGAAGAUCCUUAAUUCUAAGAAAAAAUUAAAGCUUUCAUUGCUCUCGGUCCAGCUAUUUAUAUUUAAAACUUGGCAAGCAAUUUCGUAAAGAAAAUGUUUGGAUGUGGUUUCUAUCAACUUUUAGAUAAAUUGGGAUACAGAAACUUCUUAGUGCUACCUAAAUCCAUUUCUAGAAGAGUUGGAGCACUGUGCCACUAUUUACCAUUUUUAUAUGAUAUCGGUCUAUUUAAAGUUAUGAAUUUACUUUGCGGCUUCCCUGUUGAAAAUAAAAUUCCUCGUGACAAAAUUUCAGUUAUUGUAACACACGAACCUGGUGGUGCUUCAGUUAGAAAUAUUUUAUAAUGGGAACAAUUCAUGAAAUCUGGAGAGUUUAAAAAGUUUGAUUUUGGAGCUUAAAAGAAUAUGAAGGUAUAUGGAUAAACAAAACCUCCUUGCUAUAAUACAGAGAAUCUUAAAAAGAUAACAAUUCCUCAACACUUGUUUAUUGGUACUUCAGAUAUUGUUGGAAAUAAAAUAGAUACUGAUCGCUUACUAUAACUAGUUAAUCCUGAUUCUUCCAAGAUAUAUACGCUAAAUGACUAUGCCCAUCUUGACUAUGUAUGGGGAACUGAUGCUAACACUGUACUUUACCCCUAAAUAAUAAAAAUAUUAAAAGCUCACCAAACAACAUGAAAAAAAAAUGUUAAAUUAUUAUUCUAUUUAUUUAUCAAUAUUAAAAUAAAAUAUAAAUUAUAAUUUCCUUCUCUAUAUCUUCAUAUACAUUAACCUUAUUAUCUAUACAUUAAUUCUGUAUUAAAAUAUCCAUUUAAAGUAUUCCAUAGCUAAAUUUCUCAUAUCAACAUCACAUUUUUAUAAAU